AUGCCACCUAAAUAAUAGAGAGUUGCUCUUAAAAGGCCAUAGAAUAAAAAAUAAGCCAAAUAAGUGAAUCAAAAUUUAAAUCAAUAAGACCCAGAACCAGAUGGAGAUGAAUCGGAGUACUAAAAUGAAAGAGAGAAAGAGAGACCAUAACUAACGGAGAAGGAACUGAAUGAAGAUAUGCCAUCUAAAAUGCUUAUACCCAAUAAUCCUCAAGCACCAAAAAAUAUUACUUAAUACGAUUAUUUAUAAAGAAAGUAUAAAACUGAUGAAUUGGUGGAAUAAAUGAUUAUUCAUUUCAGAAUGGAUGGAGAAAUAAUCCACAAAGACUCGAAUGAGGCUAGAAUACAGGAGGAAUUAUGGGAUACAAAAUCAGCAUUGAUUAAGGAGGCUUAAAGAAAUUAGGAAAUGGAAGAUCCUGGAGCGUCUAAAGAUAUAGAUGCAAUCAAGUAGACUAUGAGAAAUAAGUUUAAUUACAAUGCCAGAGAAGCCUAGACUGAUGGAAGAGUAAUAAGAGAAAGAGGAGUUUCAACUGAGCCCCCUCCAAGUGAUACAUUGAAGGGUUAAAUUACACAAUGGGAAAUCUUCGAUGCCUACAUUUAGAAUAAGGCAAAGGAGGAGAAUUAGAAGAAAAAGGAUCACACUUCUGACAAUACAGUUUAUAAGCCAUCAUUUAAAAGAUGCUUAAAAAUAAUGGAAAGAACUGUUGUUCAUAAUGAUUAGAAGGAGAAAUACAACGAUUAUAAAUACUAUUGGAAUUAGGGAGAAGUGGUUGAGACAUCAAAGAAUGAAGGACAUUUGUUGCCAAUUUGGAAGUUUUCAAAUGAGAAAUAGAAGAAAAAACAUGUAACGUCUUUGUGUUGGAAUCCUCGAUAUAUGGAUUUGUUUGCAGUCAGUUUUGGUAGCUACGAAUUUUCAAAAUAAAGAAUGGGUCUUAUAUGUUUAUAUUCUCUUAAAAAUACAACUCAUCCAGAAUAUGCAUUCACAUGUGAAGCAGGAGUGAUGUGCUUAGAUUUUCAUCCUUAGAGUCCAGCAUUAUUGGCUGUCGGAUUAUAUGAUGGAACAGUCCUUGUUUAUGAUAUCAGAAAUAAACACAAGAAGCCCAUAUAUUAAUCAACUGUUAGAACAUAAAAACAUACUGAUCCAGUAUGGUAAGUUAAGUGGAAUCCAGAUAUCUCAAAGAACUAUAAUUUCUAUUCAAUUUCAUCUGAUGGUAGAGUGAUGAACUGGGUUUUAAUGAAAAAUAAACUAGAACCCGAGGAAGUCAUUAGAUUAAGAUUAGUGGGUAAAAAUGAAGAGGAAAGUACUCUGAUUGGUUUGGCUUGUGGUUUAUGUUUCGAUUUCAAUAAAUUCGAACCUCACAUCUUUUUAGUUGGUACAGAGGAAGGAAAGAUCCACAAAUGUUCUAGAGCUUAUUCUGGAUAAUAUUAGGAAACUUAUAUUGGUCACAAUUUGGCAGUUUAUAAGGUGAAAUGGAAUAAUUUCCAUCCUAGAACUUUCAUCUCUGCAUCAGCAGAUUGGACAGUCAAGAUUUGGGAUUCUAAAAUUUCAUCUUAAAUUAUGAGUUUUGAAUAAGGAAUGCAAGUUGUCGAUGCCAUGUGGGCUCCAUACAGUUCUACAGUUUUUGCAUGUGCUACUUAAGAUAAGAUAUUCGUAUAUGAUUUGAAUGUUGAUAAAAUUGGAAAACUUGCAGAAUAAAAACCAUCUAAAUAACCUAGAUUGACUAACAUUGCAUUCAAUUAAAGAGAUCCAAUUAUUUUGGUAGGUGAUACUCAUGGUGGCAUAACACUACUUAAAUUAAGUCCAAAUCUUACCAAAUCUGGUGUUAAAGCAACCAAUUUUCCUGAUGGAAAAGUUCCCAAGGAAUUUGAAAAUAUGCCAAUGGAGGAAUAUGAAAAAUAGAAGAUGGAGAAUCUAUUAUAAGUAGUUUCAAAAUGGGAAAGAGAGGAUUCUUGA